AUGCAACAAGCGUCGUAUUGCUUAGGUUUCGACCAGUCUCUGACCCCGGUUUACCACCCGGAAGCAAACCCCGUGGAGAGGAAAAACAGAAACAUGAAGGUACAGCUGUCAAUCUUAGUAGGAAACUCUCACACCGAAUGGGCCAGUAAACUCCUUUCGAUUAGAUAUGCCAUGAAUACCAGUGUAUCACAGUCUACUAAAAACACUCCAGCUUUCCUUACGUUCGCAAGAGAAAUGCGUGAUUCAGGAGAGAUACAACGAGACUUACGCGAAAUAGUCAUUGGAGAGAACUUUGUUUCAGAAAUCACUCCAUAUCUAUUAAAAAUAGCCGAUACCAUGAAAGAAGUAACCGAAACGCAUGAACAAGAACAAGAUAGGCGCAAAUUAUACGCAGAUUCAUCCAGACGACCAGCACAGAUAUUUCAAGAAGGCGACCGAGUUAUGGUCAAAACACGAACAUUAAGCAACAUGCCACAUGGCAUCACUUCUAAAUUCGCACCUAAAAGAGAUGAGCCUUACAGAAUCGCCAAGCGUGUAUCACCCACUAGUUAUCAACUGGCGGAUAAUGUAACUGGUAAUUUGCUCUCUGUUUAUCAUGUUUCUGAUUUAGAUAUCUGGAGAAGCGACACGACAGGAAAAUCAUCCCAGAAACCGGUUAGAACCAUCAGGAAGCGUGGCCGACCAAGAAAGGAUGCAAACCUAUCAACGCCUUCACGAGAAAUUGGAUCUUCGUUGAGGGCAAUUAACAAAUCCAAAGGGGAAAUCUGUAACGUGAAGGGCCCAGUAACACGCGCGAGAGCCCUGGACGCGAGGAGCCACUGA